UAAAAGAGUGAACGAAAACAAAACACAAAAAACAAUUCUCGCUGAGGUUGAUGUUAGAGAGCUAAGGAAGAUUUCCAAUUGAUUGCGAUUAUACGUGCAUCUCUCUCUCUGAAUCCAACCAAUAUGCCUGUGAAAUGGGUUUUGCAUUGGCAACCAAAUGCAGGGACAACAGUGAACAGUCAAAUCUUGACUGAAGUAUCUCAAUGUGCUGAGAGUAUCAAUGGCAUUAAAGGUGGAAGAUGGAAAGCUACUCUGAAUUUUUACAGACCUAUGCUUAAAGAGCAAGUUAAUCCGGUGGAAUUUCCGCGUGAUUUUUUGGGGAUUUCACUCCAAGAGCAACCUAGUAAAUACUAUUUUGUGAUUCGAGGACAACGGAUAGUUCUCGAGGCAGAUUCAAAUAUUCAGAGUAUAAUGGAGAAACUGCAAUCGUAUAAGUCCAGGGUGGCUCUUAAUUUCGAGGGCUUCCAAUAUCAAAUUGGAGACUUCCAGUUGAGAGUCGGGAAAGUUGUUCCAGUUCACUCGGAAAGUUUGAGGGGAAUAGUGAUGGAGAUGGAUUAUCUACCCAUUUCCUCAUGGGAGAAGUCUCACCAAAUCAUGGCGGAGUUUUAUGAUAUAUGGCAAGAAGCUCUGCAGAAGAGAUCAUUGCCCGGACACUUUGCUCGCAUGGAACCAAACUUCGGUGAGUAUGGCCUCGGGGACCAAUACACUUUACCGCACACAGCGGUUCAGUAUGCUAGUAUCAUGCUCCAAAUGAUUGCAACAGCACAAUCUGUGAGAAACUAGAUGAAUAAGGAUUCUACAAGGACAUGUAUCUUGUUUUGUGAAAUAUGUCAGCUGUGUAAACUAUAUUGUUGAUGAUCAAAGUUUUGUUAUACUUUAAAUAAACCAGCAUUUAGAUUUUA